CAAAAGAGUCUAGAGAGGUCGUCAUGGCGCAGAGAAUCACUACAUUGGUUAUGCUCAUAGAGAUAUUGUUUCUGGUAAAUUAUGUGAGUCAAAUCGCCACAACCGCAGCGGAUAACGACGGAGAUGUGAUUCACGUAGCCGGAAAAGUGAUGUGCCAAGACUGCACUCGUAACUACGACAAAUGGAUCAACGGCUCUGAACCCAUCAAAGGGGCUGGGGUAUCAAUCACUUGUAUGGACGAGAGGGAAAGAGUGAGGUACUAUGGCAGCGACAAGACCGAUGAGAGAGGCCAGUUCGAUCUUAUCGUCGACAAAGUCCUCUACGGCGGCAAGAAUCUUAAGCCUAAACUUUGUACCGUCCGGCUCGUGUCCUCUCCUGACAAGUCAUGUGAUAUCCCAACCGAUUUUGGUAAUGGUCAAAGUGGAGUGAAGUUAGUUCAGCCGUUCAUGGUUUUCAAGGAUCUGGUGAAGUUUGUGGUCGGACCGUUUUACUAUACCACCCCCAUGUGUGAGACCCCUGAAUAUGAAAACAACUAUUAGACUUGGAUGGUUUGACUUUUGAUUAAGGUCAUUUAAAUUUACUGGUCCUCUGCCAUAUAUAUAUUUCUCAAAAA